CCACCGGGCUGCCCCGCCCCUAUCGCCGCCACCACAUUCUGCCGCUCCGGCUCCUCUCCUCGCGCGCGCUUCCUCUCUCUCUCCGGCGAGGAAGCGAAAGGGCGGAGAGGGGGAGAGAUCUAGGAGCUUCUGGAUCCAAGUGUUCUACGGGGAUGGCGACGGCGCCGGCGCUGCGUCUCGCGGGGGUCUCGGUGAGGGGGCCCGCCUCCGGGCUAGGGAGGGAGAGGGAGGCCCCGUGCGGGGCUGCCAGGCCUGGGCUGCAAUGCUGGCGGCGGAGGGGGCUGGUGCUCCGCUGCCAGAGCGGGGCCGUGGCGACUACUCUAAAGAAGGGCGAGGAGGCCUCCUCCUCGCUGGAGUCGUCCGCGGCGGAGGCGGCGCGGGACAGGGCGACGGGGUUCACCGUGGUUAUGAAGUUCGGCGGGUCGUCGGUUGCCACGGCCGAGCGGAUGAAGGAGGUGGCCGACCUCGUCCUCAGCUUCCCCGAGGAGACCCCCGUGGUCGUGCUGUCCGCCAUGGGGAAAACCACCAAUAACCUUCUCCUGGCCGGAGAGAAGGCGGUGAGCUGCGGCGCUCCCAAGGCGUCUGAAAUUGAAGAGCUCGCCGUCAUCAAGGAGCUUCACCUUAGGACGAUUGAUGAGCUUGGACUAGAUGAAUCGAUAGUUUCAGGUUUCUUGGACGAAUUGGAACAACUUCUUAAGGGCGUUGCUAUGAUGAAAGAGCUGACUCUUAGGACACGAGAUUACCUCGUUUCCUUUGGCGAAUGCAUGUCCACAAGAAUAUUUGCUGCACAUUUGAAUAAACUUGGGAAAAAGGCACGGCAGUAUGAUGCGUUUGAUCUUGGUUUUAUAACCACUGACGAUUUCACCAAUGCGGAUAUUCUUGAAGCAACUUAUCCUGCUGUUGCAAAGAGGCUACAUGGAGAUUGGAUUGAUGAUCCUGCUAUUCCUAUAGUGACUGGUUUCCUUGGAAAGGGAUGGAAAUCCUGUGCGGUCACUACUUUAGGAAGGGGUGGUAGUGACUUGACUGCUACGACUAUUGGCAAAGCCUUGGGGUUAAGAGAAAUCCAGGUUUGGAAGGAUGUUGAUGGUGUGUUGACGUGUGAUCCAAAUAUUUAUGCAAAUGCAGUACCAGUACCCUACUUGACUUUUGAUGAGGCAGCUGAACUUGCAUACUUUGGUGCACAGGUUUUGCAUCCCCAAUCAAUGCGACCAGCUAGGGAAGGUGGUAUACCAGUUCGAGUGAAGAACUCGUAUAACCGCCAUGCACCUGGUACUGUGAUCACUAAAACAAGAGAUAUGCGCAAGAGUAUCUUAACCAGCAUUGUGUUGAAAUCAAAUAUUACCAUGUUGGAUAUAGUGAGCACAAGGAUGCUUGGCCAAUAUGGUUUUCUAGCAAAGGUCUUCUCCAUAUUUGAAGAUUUGGGUAUAUCUGUUGAUUCUGUGGCUACUAGUGAAGUCAGCAUAUCGUUGACACUAGAUCCAUCAAAACUGUGGAGUCGUGAGUUAAUCCAGCAGGAGCUUGAUAAUGUAGUUGAAGAGCUUGAAAAGAUUGCCGUUGUCCAUCUACUACAGCACAGGUCCAUCAUCUCCCUGAUAGGGAACGUACAGAGAUCGUCACUGAUUCUUGAGAAGGCUUUCAAUGUUCUACGGAGAAACGGUGUUAACGUCCAGAUGAUCUCGCAAGGAGCAUCCAAGGUGAACAUUUCCUUGGUGGUCCAUGACAGCGAGGCGAAACAGUGUGUCCAAGCCCUCCAUUCGGCAUUCUUCGAGAACGGCUUCUUGUCAGAAGUCGAGGAAGCAGAUCUUGCACAGAACGGCUCCCCAGUCCCAGUGAACUCGAAUGGUGCUCUCUAUGGGAAUUAGUCGACAUCGCAUUUAAUUUUGGCCAUCUAUUGAUGUACCGUUUCAUAGGUUAACAGGUGAUUCGUACCUGAUUAUUUAGGCUAUCUGAGCGAAUUCUAUGGUGUUGUAAGAGCCUAACCUGGAAGGAGUAUGGUUCCGUGUCAUAUGCAACCGAGAGUGGUAGCAAAUAGCAAAUCAAAAUGUGUGUGAGGUGUGUUACUCAUUUGCCGAACGUGUGGUAGUACCUGAUUAUUGGAAGUUUGCAUUGCACUCUUCGGGUGUGGUAGCAAGUACUCCGUAGUAACUAGUACCGUAUCCUUGUAUUCAUACCAGUGAAUAAAUAUGAUAUGCCGAUACCUCAAGGCAACUUAUGGAUUC